AUGCCAUCCCCGUCGCCGCUCCGCGUGCUGUCCAGGCGCACCGUCACGCCGCCGCCCCGCCCGCGCCGCCGCAUCCCGCUCACCACCUGGGACGUCUCCAUGCUCUCCGCCGACUACAUCCAGAAGGGCCUCCUCUACGCCCGGCCGCCAUUCCCCACCACCCGUCUCCUCGACCACCUCGAGGCCGCGCUCGCCCAGGCGCUCGUCGCCUACUACCCCGUCGCCGGCCGCUUCGCCACGGACCAGCACCGCGACGCCGACGGCAACGUCGUCGGCUGCUCCGUCUCCAUCGACUGCGACGGCCAGGGAGCCGACAUCAUCCACGCCGUCGCCGACGGCGUCUCCAUCGCCGACGUCAUCCCUCCCGACGCCGACGUCCCGCGCCUCGUGCGUUCUUUCUUCCCCCUCGAUGGCGCCGUCAACCACGACGGCCACCACCUACCCCUCUUCGUCGUCCAGGUCACUGACCUCACCGACGGCGUCUUCCUCGCCUUCGUCUACAACCACGUGCUCUCCGAUGGCACUGCCUUCUGGGACUUCCUCAACGCCUGGGCGGGCAUCGCGCGCGGCAGCCUCUCUGUCUCCCCUCCGCCCUUGUUGGAGCGCUGGUCGCCCGACGGGCUGACGCCGCCGCCGCCGGUCGUGCUCCCGUACCCGGACCUCACGGGGCUCAUCGAGAGGCUGUCCCCGCCUCCGCUGCGCGAGCGGAUGCUGCACUUCUCGGCGGAGUCCCUGGAGGCGCUCAAGGAUCGGGCGCGGCGGGAGCUCCUGGCGGCCGGUGACGCGACCGGCGCGGCCGCCGUGACCAAGUUCCAGGCGCUGUCCUCCCUGGUGUGGCGCUGCUUCACCCGCGCGCGGCGCAUGGCGCCGGACCAGUCCACCGUAUGCCGCGCCGCCAUCAACAACCGCACGCGCCUUCGCCCGCAGCUGCCGGCCGAGUACUUCGGCAACACCAUCUACGCCAUCUCCACGGAGGCGGUGACCGCGGGGGAUCUGCUGGCGCGCGGCCACGGAUGGGCGACGGCGGCCGUGGGGCGCGCGGUGGCGGCGCACACGGACGCCGACAUCCGGGCGCGCGUGGCGGCGUGGAUGGCCAAGCCCAUCGUGUACACGCUCAGGUACUUCGACCCCAACGGCGUCAUGAUGGGCAGCUCGCCGCGGUUCGACAUGUACGGCUGCGACUUCGGCUGGGGCCCGCCGCUGGCGCCGCGCAGCGGCAGGGCCAACAAGUUCGACGGGAAGGUGUCGCUGUACCCGGGCCGGGAGGGCGGCGGCAGCAUCGACGCCGAGGUGGUGCUGACGCCGGAGCACAUGGCGCUGCUGGAGCAGGACGACGAGUUCUGGGCGGCCGUUUCGCCGGACAAACCUUGUCCGCCGGCGGUGGCGGUGGUGGCGGCGGUGGGGAAGAAUUGA